UGGUUGCUGUAAACACACGCCCCUGGGGGCGCGGGGCGGCUCAGAAGCGCCUCCUCCAAGGUGUCCUCCGCCGCGCACAGCCCUCACGCCCUUGUCCUGGUUCCCACCUGCGCCAGGUGGCACGCAGAGCUGCGACCAUGGUUCACCAGGCGCUUUUUCGGGCACUGGUGUCCACCAAGUGGCUGGCGGAGUCGGUUCGCAAUGGCAAGGUGGGGCCCAGCCUGCGGGUGCUGGAUGCGUCCUGGUACUCGCCGGGAACGCGGGAGGCCCGCAAAGAGUACCUGGAGCGCCACGUGCCCGGCGCCUCCUUCUUCGACAUAGAGGAGUGCCGCGACAACUCGUCCCCCUACGAGAUGAUGCUGCCCAGCGAGGCCGGCUUUGCAGCCUACGUGGGCCGCCUGGGCAUCAGCAACAGCACGCACGUGGUGGUGUAUGACGGGGACAAGCUGGGCAGCUUCUACGCGCCGCGGGUCUGGUGGAUGUUCCGGGUGUUCGGCCACCCCACCGUGUCCGUGCUCAACGGGGGCUUCCUCAACUGGCUGAAGGAGGGCCACCCCGUGACAUCUGAGCCCACCCGGCCGGAGCCGGCUGUCUUCAAAGCCUCCCUGGACCGCUCCCUGGUGAGGACCUACGAGCAGGUGCUGGAGAACCUCAAAUCUAAGAAGUACCAGCUGGUGGAUUCAAGGCCCCAAGGGCGGUACCUGGGCACCGAAGCCGAACCAGAUGUAGUCGGACUGGAGUCCGGCCACAUCCGAGGCGCCCUCAACAUGCCGUUCACGGAGCUCAUGACAAAGGACGGCUUCGAGAAGAGUCCCGAGGAGCUCCGGGCCAUGUUCCAGGCUAAGAAGGUGGACCUGGCCAAGCCCAUCAUCGCCACGUGCCGGAAGGGCGUCACCGCCUGCCACUUGGCCCUGUCCGCCUACCUGUGCGGCAAGCCCGACGUGGCCGUCUACGACGGCUCCUGGUUCGAGUGGUUCCACCGGGCCCCCCGGGAGACCUUGGUGUCCCAGGGGAAGGCCUGAACCCUGGGCCUCUCCUCCGCGCCCUGAGCCCUCCGGUGCCAUGGCUCCAGCACUCCCUGCAGCUGGUUCUUAGCUCUUCAGCAAGGAGAACCACACAGUUUCAGCGCUGCCGCCCCCAGCUGCCCCCUUCCCCAGCACCACCGGAAUAAAAGUAGCUGUA